AGGUAUAGUGUACAUUAUAUUAUAUUGUGUAUAGUCAGACCCAGACCAGACCGACGUCCGACAGUAGGUAUAUACCGCUGCUCUCUCGUCGGUCGUCGCGCGAGAAGUCGUGCGAGUGUGUUGGUUGGUAGUACAGCGCUAUAGCUAUAGCUAUAGAGCGCUAGACGUGUAUAUAAUACUAGAGAGAGCGAAAGAAAGAAAGAGAGGAGAGAGAGAGAGAGAGAGAGAAUUUUCCAAAUGGCGCAGGCACGGCUCAGCUGUGAGCUUACGCGAGAGUGGUUAUUGUUAUAACACAGCCAUCGGCGCAGUCGUCUCCUCUGCAAGUGUGUGUCCACACUCGUAGCCAAUUAUGCGCUGCUUCUUCGCCUACGCGUCAUCCUCGGCUCUCCCUCGUCGUCGCUGCUGCUGCUGACCGAUCGUCGACGUCCUCGCGCAACGCUGCUGCUGCUGCUACACGUCUUACAGCCCCGCAUCGUCGCAGAGAGAGCGAGAGAGAGAGAGAGAGAGAGAGAGAGAGAGAGAGAGACGGAGAGAUAGAGAGUGAGAUCUAUCUCGAAAGAGCAUCUUAGCCUCCUCGCGAAAAUAAGUAAGGAGCGCGCGCGAGAUGCGCCGCCGCUUCGCCUCGUAGCAGAGCAGCCCCCGCGGGAGUAGCCACUGAGCGCGAAAAUAUGCGGAAAACCUGAGGAAGUCUGCGCGAGAGAAGACGCGAGAGACGGCAACGGCACACCUGCAGCGGCGCAGCCCGCUCUCCGAGCUGAGGAAGUCGGCGGCCCCCGGGAGGUGGCUAUCUCUGGCUUCUUGGGCUUUUAUGGCACAAUCAAAACAGUAUAGCGUUAGCUGAUAAAUUGCAAUGAUGGAGAUCGUUAGAGAUGAAGAUAGGCGUAGACGCCUUAGAGCUCUGGAAGAGCGCAUUAGGGAUCCACGUAGUAUCACGAACAUCGACUGUCUACUGGAUACUGUGCAGGCUCUUGUGGCUGACUGUGAUCAUCCUAGUGUUAAACGAAUGAAGAAUAUUGAAGCAUAUAUGAACAGAUAUGAUUCAGUCGCUCAAGACAUUUGUAAAAUGCGAAUGCGCCCAGAUGACUUUACCUUGAUCAAAGUCAUUGGUAGAGGAGCUUUUGGCGAAGUGCAGUUAGUCAGGCAUAAAUCUACACAAAAGGUUUAUGCCAUGAAACUGCUGAGUAAAUUCGAAAUGAUAAAAAGGUCGGAUUCUGCGUUUUUUUGGGAAGAACGUGAUAUUAUGGCUCAUGCCAAUUCCGAAUGGAUAGUCCAACUACAUUUUGCAUUUCAAGAUCAAAAGUAUCUCUACAUGGUCAUGGAUUAUAUGCCAGGUGGAGAUUUAGUGAAUUUGAUGUCGCAAUACGAUGUGCCUGAAAAGUGGGCAAAGUUCUACUGCGCAGAAGUGGUGCUUGCGCUGGAUGCAAUACACAACAUGGGCUUUGUGCACCGCGACGUAAAGCCGGACAACAUGUUGCUCGAUAAACACGGUCACUUGAAGCUAGCGGAUUUUGGUACAUGCAUGAGAAUGGACGUUGAUGGGCUGGUACGUUCGGACACGGCGGUAGGCACACCAGACUACAUCUCCCCCGAAGUUCUGCAAUCACAGGGUGGCGAGGGUGUCUAUGGGCGCGAGUGUGACUGGUGGUCAGUUGGAGUCUUCCUCUACGAGAUGCUCGUAGGUGAUACGCCCUUCUACGCCGACUCGCUCGUCGGUACUUACUCCAAAAUUAUGGACCAUCGCAAUUCGCUGCAUUUCCCUCAAGAGCUCGAUAUCUCGCACUCGGCCAAGAGUCUUAUCUGCGGGUUCCUUACCGAUCGAAGUAAGCGUCUUGGGAGAAAUGGUGUCGACGAAAUCAAGAGUCACGCCUUCUUCAAAAACGACCAGUGGACUUUUGAAAAUUUGCGUGAGUGCGUACCACCUGUCGUACCGGAGCUGUCUGGAGAUGACGAUACCAGCAAUUUCGAUGACGUGGAAAAGGAGGACGGCCCGGAGGAGAGCUUUCCUGUGCCUAAAGCUUUCUCUGGAAACCAUCUGCCCUUCAUAGGCUUCACGUACUCUGGUGAUUACCAACUGAUUGCGAAUGCAGGCGGCAGAGAAGCCGUGGAUGGUAUGGAAAACCACGUGAACAACGGUACCAGCGAUGACAUAAAGAUCACACAGCUGGAGUGCCUACUGGACAAGGAGAGAAAGAUAGUGGAACAACUAGAAUCAAAGCAGAAAGCUCUUGCUUCUCAAUUGGAAAGCAUAACUCAAAGCGAAGCAGAACUUCGCGAAGAAGCGGCUCGUGCUGACAAGGAGCUGACGCUUCUGCGACAUAACUGCAAGGAAGCCCAGCGUCGCGUCGAGCACGAGACCGAGACACGAAGAAAAGCAGAGUCGCUGCUGGUCGAUUUGAAGAAAAAAUUUGAGGAGGAACAGUCGAGACGAGCUCGCGAUGCCAGCACGACGCAGCAGACUUCAGAAAAGAUCACGAGCCUGGAGAAGCAGAUCAAGGAGAUGCAGACGAAAUUGGAAAGAGAAACGGAAACAGUCACGAGACUGCGAAAGCAGGCUACAGAAGUGACGGUAGCCAGACAAACAGCUGAGCAGAUGGCCAACGAGCUGCAAAUCGCGAGGGCACAACUUCAGGCGCAAAGGGAUUCGUUGCAGCAGGAAGUCGCAAAUUUGCAGGGUCAGCUAUCAAAAGAGCGAAGUUCCCGAUCCCAAGCUUCUACGCUGACAGCCGAACUGGAAACUCGUUUGACGGCGCUUCAUCAUGAACUGGAACGAAGUCACGAGCGCGAAGAAAAGGUUACAGUUGAUAACAGACAACUGAACGAGCGGAUAUCUGCUCUGGAGAAGGAGGCUGCGAGUCUGGCGCUAGAAUUGAAGGCUGCUCAGACUAGAUACAACCAGGAAGUAGUAGCGCGACAAGAGACCGAACGUUCGAGAAUGGCGCCUAAGGACGAGGCCAAUUUGGAAGAUUUUAAAGGACGAAUGGAUAUAAUAUUUACAGCCCUUCAAGCAAAAUUGAAUGAAGAAAAGAAUGGAAGACAGCGCGCCGAGCUCCUAGCGCAAGAGAAAGAACGGCAAACGUCGAUGCUCUCGGUUGAUUACCGUCAAAUUCAGCAAAGACUACAAAAACUCGAAGGCGAGCACAGGCAAGAAUCCGAGAAGGUCAAGGCGUUGCAGGGUCAGAUCGAGCAAGAGCAGCAAAAACGAAACGUUCUGCAGUCAGAUUUGGCUCAGCAAUCAUCGGAGGUGAGCCGAUUAAAAGCGAGAGAACACCAGCUUGUUGGCGAAGUUACCCAGUUGAGGGAGGCUAAAAGGAAUAUUGAGGAAGAGUUGCAUCAUCUUAAAACCCAGAGGAACGUUGAUCAGCUGCAGACAAAAGAACUGCAGGAACAGUUGGAAGCUGAGGCGUACUUUUCGACGCUUUACAAAACUCAAGCACAAGAACUUCGGGAAGAGCUUGAUGAGAAGACUCGACUUCAGCAAGAAUUGGAAGAAGAACGAAGUUCGCUCGUUCACCAACUUCAGUUAUCUUUAGCUCGCGGCGAUAGCGAAGCCUUGGCUCGGUCGAUUGCUGAAGAGACUGUAGCUGACCUUGAAAAGGAGCGCACGAUGAAGGAGCUUGAAUACAAAGACAGCACGUCCAAACAUCAUCAGGAGUUAAAUGCCAAAGACCAGCUGAUAAAUCGUCUAAAAGAAAGUGAGGCAGAGGCGAAGAAAAAUUGUGAACAGUAUACCAAGGAAAAAGAGGAGCUGACAAAGCGACUGAAAGAGAUGCAAGAACAAUUAAAUAAGGCACAAUUCAACGCCGACGAGAUCGAAAGACUGAGUACCAAGUUAAAAACAGAGCAACUACUGAAACAUCAAGCCAUCAAUAAACUCACAGAGGUCUUGAGCAGAAAAGACUUGUCGGCGAGUGGAAAAACCAAGAACAAGGCUUCUUCAGCAGAUCUCAAGAAGAAGGAGAAGGACUGCAGAAGAUUGCAACAGGAAUUGACGCUGGAGAGAGAAAAAUAUGGACAAUUCUCUGCUAAAUUGCAAAAAGAUCUACAAGAUUUGCAGGCGCAACUUGUAGAAGAAAAUCAGGCCAAAUUGAGGUUGCAAAUGGAACUUGAUUCAAAAGAUUCAGAAAUAGAAACACUACAGAUGAAGAUCACGUCGAUGAACUCUGAAACGGCCAGUGUAUCGUCAAUUGAAAACGAUGGGGAGGAUUCUGUAUUGUCGGAGCACGGUGCCAUGAGGCUAGAAGGAUGGUUGAGUGUACCUAACAAGCAAAACAUUAAAAGACACGGUUGGAAAAAACAAUACGUGGUCGUUUCAUCUAAAAAGAUAAUUUUUUACAAUAGUGAAAAUGACAAGUUGAACGCAGAUCCGGUCUUGAUAUUAGAUUUGAGCAAAGUCUUUCACGUUAGAUCUGUGACACAAGGGGACGUGAUUCGAGCCGAUGCCAAAGAUAUUCCUAGGAUAUUUCAGUUACUUUACGCUGGAGAAGGCGAAGCAAGACGGCCAGGUGACGAAGGAAAUGCUUUACCUGGAGCUGAGCUGUCACAAUUGAGUGACAAGCCUGGCACUCAACCAGUAAAGGGCCAUGAAUUCAUUUCCAUUUCUUAUCAUAUGCCAACGACGUGUGAAAUUUGUUCAAAGCAGUUGUGGCAUAUGUUCAGGCCUCCACCGGCUCUCGAAUGUCGACGCUGUCAUAUCAAGGUGCAUAAGGAACAUUUAGACAAGAAAGAGGAUGCCAUAGCCCCGUGUAAACUUCAUUACGACCCUAACAGCGCGCGCGAACUGCUUGUACUUGCAGGGAGUCCUGACGAUCAGAAGUACUGGGUCACCCGACUGUCACGCAGGAUUCAGAAGUGCGGUUACAAGGCCAAUUCGCACAUCGACGGCACGGGCCAGCGCGUCUCGCCAAGAGAAUCCACGAGGUCAACGCUUAAACCGUAUUUGACAGCCCAGCAAAGAUCAGCAACUUUACCCGCGAACGCAAGCAUGGGCAAGUGACUAUAAUAAAAAGGCGAGCUUUUCUUAACCUGUAUAAUUGCAAGAAAGAAUGAUCUUUGCCACUGGUCGGGGAUUGGUCAAGCGCUCGAUCAGCAAAGAAAAUCCGAUGCCACACGCUGUUGCCGAUCUUUUCUUCUCCUUCUUACCUACUGUUCUUUUUUUUUUUUUAAGUAUGAUGAAUCAUUAUUGCAGAUUUCCUGGUUCUUACAGCCUUAUUAAUACAUGCUUUAUAUAUGAUGUGCCACAUUUGUAAUUUAACGUGCGUCGAACAAUCGAUUCUUUCUCUACCCUUAAAUAAUGAUAAGUCUUUAAACUAGGCAGAAACGUACAAAUGAAAAAAAGAUCACUUUUAUUCUAUAUUUUUUAUAGUGAAAAAGUUGCCUUUUCUGCCGAACCAUUGUAUUUUGCAUUUUUGUCAUAUAAGGAAUAUUUGAUGCAUGUCCUAUAAAAUAGGAAAAUUUGAUAAAUUUUUUAAAACAAAAAAAAUGGAUUAAGAAAAAAAAUUAAAAUACUGAAUUGUAGAUCAAUUGAAAGUAAUCUCGAUAAAUCGCUGGAAACUUGUUUAAAUUUUGAUAUUAAAAAUUUUGAUAUAACAAUAAAACAGUGAUUUCGUAAUCGUUAUUUAAGUAUAAAAAUGAACUGAGAGGGAAAGAAUAGAAAACAAUUCUAAAUAAACGUUCUUUCUUCCACAAAUAUAUAGUACAAUAACUAGUAUGCUUAUGUUUCAUUUAUUUCAAAAAGUUCUUGUACUUGAUGACUCGUUUAUAUAAUAACUUUUAUCAUGUGAGAAGUAAGGAACGUUUAAAACAACGACUAUUGUCCAUCCUGUGAUUUACGAAACGUUUUUAAUUAUUUUAAAGUUUCGUAAGAUUUAUUUUCAGAAAUAAAUUUAUCUUGACUUUAAAAUAUAAACAUUUAUGUGACAUGUCGUUCAUUUAAGAAAAAAACAAAUAAUAAUUAUAUAUUAUCAAAUGAAUUUACUAAAAUUGAGAAGUGGAAUAUGUGUGCGUGCGUGUAUAUGUGUAUAGGUACGCGGGAGAAAAAAGUAAAAUAAGAAGAAUGAAAAACACUGCGUAGAUAAACAUGCGUUGAUUUUCAAUAUUCAACGCAGUGCGAAAGACUCGAAUGCGCUUGGAAAAUCAACUGUUGUAUACAAAACUUUUGCAGCUAAAUUUAAAGAACCUUGUUCUCGUAAGGAGUUUCUCAAUACUUUACUUUGCGUUCAAAUCCUUGCGACAGGGUAGUAUCGAUUAGCUAUAACAAUAAUAAUAAUAACAAUGAUAAUAGGUAUAAAUAUUCAUUAAGAAUUUCAAAUUUUACAAUGUUUUUUGACAGAUUGAUACACUUACAAAUGUUAGACUAUUCCUGGUUGUAAUUGUGUAAAGGUAUUUUUUAUAAGUGCGACUUAAAAAGUUUUAACAAUUAAAAGUAUUUUAAAAAAUUAAACAUUUUUAUUGUGAACUUUUGUUAAUGUUAUUAUUGAUAAUUAUAUUAACAAAAUAUUUAUUGAUACUCGUCUCGCACUCUAACACAAAUCUUCAUAUCGAUUUAAAAUUUCAUUACAAAAAGUAAUUUUCACUAAACUAGAUAAAAAACAUUUUACGUAAAAAAUGCACUAUUAAUGAUUCUCAAGCGUCUUCCUACACACUCGCCUUAAAGAACAAAAAUUAAGAGAAAACCAAAUGAAAGCCUCGUGUGUGGCACAUCAUGUGAGCGCCCGCGUGUCGUUUUGUAAUUUUUGUAUUUUUUCGAAGAAUUUUUACACCCUUAUUUUGAGAGUUAUUCUCGAGUCGCUAAUAUGAAAUUCAACGUAUAUCGAAAAUAAAAACGAAGAAGGAUAAUAUUCAUUAAGACUAACCACGAUUUACAUAAAAAUGCAAAUAAUUUUUGCAAGAAUCAUGUUAUACGAUAUACAAUAUAUUAUAUAAUAUUAGGAUAGAAACCUGGCGAAUUUAUAGUAUUAUUACUUUUUAUAAUUUUUUUUGAGAAUUAAUCAAUGCUAGCGUUAUAGAAAACUUAUUGUUGCGCUGCUUUUAUAAGGAGUAGCUUAAGAGAAUUAGCUGUCACGUUGUUCCCCGCUAAAGGUAUAAUGACUGAACGAAAAAGGGUUUUAAAAUGAAAAGAAUACAAAAUUAUUACAUUUACAAUAAUAUGUAUGUCAUUUGUAAGUUUGACUCAUUGUAGAAAUGAAUUAUACGAUUAUUUUAAGUUUCAGAAAAUGCCAACCAUCAGUGUUUUAGAAAUUAAAUACAAGUACAAUAAACUGUAAUCGUUCAAAAUUAGAAAUGAAUAUUUUUUCGUUCAGUUAAGUGAUUUAUGUUAUAAUCUUGGCUGUCAAAGUUCUCUUUAUCGUGAUGAGUCUUGUUUUUCAAAUGCUACGGUUUAAUCCCCUGUAAAAAGGAUAUGAAUAUCAAAAAAAUGCAAAUAAUCGAAAUGUUUAAAAAGGAAAUAGUGCGAGUGUCGUGGGCAUGCUUUUUGCAUUCAUAAAUUAAUUCAUUGCUGAACAUCCAUAUUUAAUGAGUUUUUUAAAAUCGUGAACUUAAGUUUCGAUCGUUGUACAGUGUAUUUUCGAAAAAGGAACGAGAAUAUCAAAAUGCAGGACAUAUCUUAUGUUAUUUUGUGUCUAUAUGACUAAUCGUAUAUUUAUGCUGAAUAACUAAUGUGCGUGCUGGGAAAAAUUCACAUUUUUUGUUUUGCCACAGAAUGUAUACAAGGAGACAAUGAUGCUUAUUUUGAAAGGUUUUUUAAAAUGUUCGCAAAAGAUUAUUAUGAAUCCUGAGUAAAAAAUUGUAUAAAUUAGUUUUUUAAUUUAUUUUUUCAGCGUUAUUGUUAAGAAAAAUUAAUUCGUUAAGUAAAAUGCUUGUUUCUAGGACAAAAAUUGAAUAGUAAUUUGUUAAAAGCGCCGAAGUGAUUUAAACAAAAAGCAAAAUUAUUUAAAGUUUAUAAGAUUUUUUUAUUUAAAAGAUUAACAAGAUUCGAGAAAUUGUUUUCAACAUAUUGCCAGAAGUAAAAAGAUAGAAUGUACAUUUGGCACUUUAAACAAAUCAUCAUUGAAUUUUUACUGAAUAGAUGUAGUUGUAGUUAUUUGACACUAAUACUACACAAGUAAUAUUGAACAUUAAUAAAACUUUUGUACGACAUAAUUUCUGUCAACGUUACACAAUUGUCAUUUAAACUGCUUUUUUUCUCAGCGCAAAUAGCAAUCCUCGAAAGCUUUUCGAGUAUUCUGUAUUCGUGCAAACCAACGAAAACGCGAUUCGUGCUGUAAUUUUUCAUAAUUGCUGUAUCGCAAUGUUAGUAUAUUGUUCGAUAGAUGCACAUCCAAAGGAUGGUGCUUGGCUAUCUUUUAUCUCAAUGAGAUAAGGAUUAUCAAAAAUUUUAAAACGGAAACAUUGUACGAGCGUAUAACAUAGAGAAUAAAAGGGAACCUUAUACUGAUUAAAUUAUAAUAGCCCUUACGAGAAAAAAAGGAAACUUACUGCCCCGUGCCUUCUCCCUUUUUGAUCUCUCGCGUAUGUACACAUUAUGUAAGAGUUAACCGAUUAGAGAAUGAGAAACAGUUUUUUUUUGUGUACGUUCGUUUUUUGUAAGUUUCUGCGUGUUCAAGUGUAUAUGCGUUAACGUAUGCAUGUGUGAGUGAAAUACAAGAAGAGAAAAAAUGCAUCGAAAAGUAUAUUAAUUAAUACCGGAGCGAGAGCAAAGAUUCUUUGCGUACGCAGGAAUCGAAGGAGAGAAAGAGAGUGAGAGAAAGGAUUAAUAAGUAUGAAGAAUUUGUUACAGCGUAUUUUAUUAUUGUUUAGUUAUUUACAGCCUGUAUAUUGAUAAUUAUUAUUAUUACGAUUAAACUAUUUUGUAGAUAA